CAAGGCUCCCUGGAAACAAUUCAUCGGCUCGGAGAAGUUGAUAUCGCAACCAGUUGUGCUGCACACGUCCACCGCCGGUCAAAAUCAAGAACAUCUUUCCGAUACUUCUAGUCCUGCUCUACUUGGCUUAAUUGAUCGAAAUCGGAAAUCAGGAGUAAUGACCAUGAUGAGAGCUCUACCGGCAUCCACUUCUUACGCCGUUGGCAUUCGUGUUUCCUCUUUCACAACCUCUCCUACGCACCUCGCUUCCCGUCGACUCGUCAUUGCUAAAGCUGAACCAUCAGAUAAGUCUGUCGAGAUUAUGAGGAAAUUCUCAGAGCAGUAUGCUCGUAAAUCUGGCACGUAUUUUUGCGUCGAUAAAAGUGUUACUUCUGUAGUUAUCAAGGGAUUGGCUGACCAUAAAGAUUCAUUAGGUGCACCACUUUGCCCCUGCAGGCACUAUGAUGACAAAGCAGCAGAGGCAACACAAGGCUUUUGGAAUUGUCCUUGUGUUCCCAUGAGAGAAAGAAAGGAGUGCCACUGCAUGCUUUUCCUCACUCCUGAAAAUGAUUUUGCUGGCAAAGAGCAGAUCAUUUCUAUGGAAGAAAUCAAAGAAUCAACUGCCAACAUGUAGUGAGGUUUCUUCCUCCUUUUGGUACACUCAUUACAUGUAUAAUUUUGUAUGCUUUAUAUCAUAUUAAGCUAUCCAUCAA